GGAUUUCAAUUUAAUUUGUCAAAACUCAAGUCCGAAAUCAUAAUAAUAAUAAAUAAUAAUAUGCACUCAGUAUUUUAUUAUGCGAAAUAACUUAAUUUCCUAUAAAACAUAAAUAUUAUGCCUUAUAAUCGCGCUACCUCGUUGUUGCGACGGUUAUCUUUAAAUGAUAGUAAGCUGAAGAAUUUUGGUACUACGCAUAAUAAUAAAGAAAUAUUUUUACCAAAUCACAUCUGUAAUCAAAGGGAUUUCUGCUGGACUAUAAGGAUAUCAACAUUGUUCAAUAAUAAUUUAAACCCACCAAACAAUUUAAGAGGACUUUGUGAUAAUAUUAUUAAAAUGUCAGCUCCAACUGCGGAACUAAACCUUCCAGAUAAGCCAAAAUUCACAAAUAAACUAGGAAAUGAAAAAUCUCCAUACUUAUUACAGCAUGCUAAUAACCCUGUAAAUUGGUAUCCUUGGUGCCAAGAAGCUCUUGAUAAAGCAAAACAACAAAAUAAGCUUAUUUUUCUCUCUGUUGGCUACUCUACAUGUCAUUGGUGCCAUGUGAUGGAAAAAGAGUCUUUUGAAAAUGAAGAUAUAGCUAAAAUAAUGAAUGAUAAUUUCAUAAAUAUUAAGCUUGAUCGUGAAGAAAGGCCAGAUCUUGAUCGUCUUUACAUGCUUUUUGUUAUGGCCACAACAGGCUCAGGGGGUUGGCCUAUGAGUGUUUUUUUGACACCAGAACUUAAACCAAUUAAAGGCGGCACUUAUUAUCCACCUGAAGAUCGCUUUGGUUAUCCAGGUUUUAAAACACUCUUACGUAUAAUGGCAAAUAAAUGGAGGCAAAACAGUAAAAUGUUAAUGGACAUGGGUGAUAGUGUAAUAGAACACAUAAAGAAUGCAACAAAACUAGAUAUUAAUACUUCCCUACCUGGUGAAGCAACAUGGAUGAGGUGUGUAGAGAAAUAUAUUUCUAUGUAUGAGCCUGAGUUUGGUGGAUUUGGCACAGCACCAAAAUUUCCCCAUGUACCAGCAUUCAACUUUCUCUUUCAUUAUUAUGCUAGAGACAAAUAUGACCCAAAAGGUAAAGAGUGCUUAAAUAUGUGCCUUCACACUUUAACUAAAAUGGCUAAAGGUGGUAUUCAUGAUCAUAUUUCUAGUGGAUUUUCAAGAUAUUCUACUGAUAACCACUGGCAAGUGCCUCAUUUUGAGAAAAUGUUGUAUGAUCAAGCUCAAUUAGCUGUUGCAUAUACUGAUGCCUAUCUUGCCACAAAAGAUGAGUUCUUUGCAGAUGUUGUUCGUGAUAUCAUUAAGUAUGUCAACACCGAUCUAAGGCAUGAGCAUGGUGGUUAUUACAGUGCUGAAGAUGCAGACUCUUACCCAUCCUUUGGUGCACAACAUAAAGAUGAAGGAGCUUUCUAUGUCUGGGAGUACGAUGAACUAAAAAAUCUACUCUCGGACAAAUUAAUUGCAGAUAAUUCAUAUUUGGACAUAUUUUGUCAUUACUACAACGUGGAAGAGGAUGGAAAUGUUUCUCCAGAUGUAGGGAACAAAGGAGAGUUUGAUAAUAAAAAUGUUCUUAUUGUAUAUGGAGGUGAGGAAGACACAAUGGAAAAAUUUGGCUUGACGAAAGUGCAAUUUAGGAAUGUUAUAUCAACUUGUCGAGAAAUACUCUAUGAAGUCCAACAGAAAAGACCAAGACCUCAUUUGGAUACUAAAUUAAUAUGUUCUUGGAAUGGGUUAAUGAUAUCUGGGUUGGCAAGAGCUGGUCAGGGCUUAGAAGAUAAGAGUUAUGUGGAUGAUGCUAUAAAAACUGCAAAUUUUAUUAAACAGAACUUUUAUUGCAUGGAAAGCAAAAGUCUAUUACAUUCUUGUUAUAAAGAAGAAGAUGGAAGCAUCACUUGUGGAGAAGUGCCAAUAAAAGGAUUUUUGGACGAUUAUGCGUUCCUUAUCCGCGGUUUGCUUGAUUUAUAUGAAGCAUCUCUCGAUAUGGAAUGGCUGAAGUGGGCAAGGGAUUUGCAGCAGAAACAAAACGAUUUAUUCUGGGACUCCGAUGUUGGUGGAUACUACACAUGCUCCGAUGAAGAUGAUAGUGUUAUAAUAAGAUUAAAAGAAGAUCAGGAUAGUGCAGAGCCGGCAGGUAACAGUGUGGCCUGUCACAAUUUGUUACGGCUUGCGGUAUACGCGGACAAGAGUCCGGCGCCGGAGGGCGGCCAGAAGGAACGGGAUAUGGCAAAGAAAUUGCUUUUGGCUUUUUCACAACGACUGAAUGAUACGCCUAACGCCCUGCCUGAGAUGGUAUCCGCGUUGAUGCUGUAUAAUGAUUCUCCAACUCAGGUGUUGAUAUCAGGUCGACGUUCAGACCCCCGUACGUUGGAGUUAGUGCGUGUUGUGCGUUCGCGUCUGUUGCCGGGCCGCGUGCUCGCUCUCAACGAUCCCAAUGAAACACCAGCAGUGUUGAGUCGCAGUCGCAACGUGGACGUGCCUUGCGCGUACGUUUGCCGACGUUACGCGUGCUCCUUGCCUGUCACCGACGUCAAACAACUCGAGACCUUACUUGACGAACCCGCAAUGCUACAAUAAUCCCUUUAUUUUCCGGCUAUCUCCAUAUGUAAGUCAUUGAAAAUGACUGCUCAAUAUUAGUCCUUUUAAAAUAUACUUCUGGACUGGACAAACCGAGAUUUAUAUAUGUAAAGUUUUUGGUAAAAUCUGCUGUGUCAAAUCAAAAGUCGUAAAAAGUUUGACUCCUAGUUUUAGAAAUCUCAAAUUUGGAGUGGUGUUAGUAUUUUGCAGCUUGUUAAUUCUUAACUAAACGUUUAAUUAAUUAGCUUUAUAUCUAAGGAAAUUCUAGUCUAUGCUGCUGAUAACUGUACUUUUCUAUCGCUUCACGUAAAUAUUAACGAAUAAUUUAAUCGUGAAUAUUUCGAGUAAUCUAUUAAAUAGUCAAUUAUAGUAUUAAUGUUUUUCUUUAUUUAUUUGUUACCCUGCAAUGCAGCGUCUAAUUCAGUUUUGCGAACAUUAAUAAUACUGCGAGAGAAAAUAUUAUAUAAUAGAGCGGGUAUUACACAACCAGAACAAUUUUUGUUUUCUGAUGAAAAUAAUUAGUGUUUAGUGUCAUAAAAAAUGUUAUUCGGUAGUCUGGAACAUAGAUUAUAGUAUAGGAGUUUUUGCAAUGUCCGCUUUAUACUUUUUUUUACUUUCUAAUGCUAAUUGGUGCUUACGGUAGUGUUAAAUAAUAGAAAAGAUCUGUUAUUAAUAUUUUCUUUUUUACCAGUGAAAAGAUGGCCACCAAGUGGAAACGAUAGGUCUGAAUUUGUGAUAGAAUAUAGUAAAUUAUUAUGUAUUGUUAUUUUUAAUUAAAAUUAAUAAAGUUAUUACCA